AUGUAUUUAUUUUACAAUUUAGACCAAUAUGUAUUUGUUUUCCUUGUUAAUUACACAAUUUGUUUCUUAAUUUCUCAGACAUUUCUAGAAUCGUUUCUUACACCAGCUCUUUCCUCUCCUCAUUGUUACUGGAUUGGUUUAAGUCGAAGUUCAGAUACUGAUCCAUUUAGAUGGAAUGAUAGUAUUAACUUGAGUGACUCUCAAUGGGCUCCUGAAGAGCCACUGAGUUCGACAGAACGGUCCUGUGGAUGUUUAUGGUCUGAUGGAAACAAUGCUGACAAUCAUGGUCGAUGGGACAGUAGGGAUUGUCAAGACGCACUGCCUUACAUCUGUGAAAGAACGCAAAUCCCACUUGAUGGAAAAUGGACAGAAAUUGAAGGAGUGAAAGAUGUGCAGUAUUACUUCUCAACAUUUAUGUCGAAUUUUUUCAAUGCAAGGGAGUAUUGUAGGCAUAUAGGUGGACAUCUAGCGCAACUGAAAACUUCAACCAUUUAUCUAAGGUAA